CAGCAUGGCUGAAACCACUAAGACCCACGCUAUCCUGCUGUCCUGCGGCAGCUUCAACCCCAUCACGAAAGGACAUAUUCAGAUGUUCGAGAGAGCUCGGGACUACCUGCACAAAACCGGAAGGUUCAUUGUGAUUGGAGGGAUCAUCUCACCUGUCCAUGAUUCUUAUGGGAAACAGGGUCUGGUCUCAAGUCGGCAUCGUCUGACCAUGUGCCAGUUGGCUGUGCAGAAUUCUGACUGGAUUCGGGUAGACCCAUGGGAAUGCUACCAGGAUACUUGGCAGACAACAUGCAGUGUUUUGGAGCAUCACCGAGACCUCAUGAAGAGGGUAACUGGCUGCAUCCUGUCUAAUGUGAACACGCCAUCCGUCACACCGAUUAUUAAUCAGACCCUGAACCAGCCGACACAGCCUAUCUACCAAAACAACAAUCUCACCAACAAGCCCACCGCAGGCAAGUUUCUGGGAAAAGUUGGAGAAGGACUGAGUCGUAUGUGCUGUGUGCGUCCCAAUCUGCAGCGUGUUACAUUUGUGGAUGAAAAUGCAAACUUGGGCACAGUCAUGAGAUAUGAAGAAAUAGAGCUGCGGAUCUUGCUCCUGUGUGGUAGUGACCUGCUUGAGUCAUUUUGUAUCCCUGGCCUCUGGAAUGAGUCAGAAAUGGAGGUGAUCGUUGGAGAUUUUGGCAUCGUGGUGGUGCCACGUGACGGUACAGACACUGAGCAAAUCAUGAAUCACUCAUCAGUUCUCCGUAAAUACAAGAACAACAUCCUCGUGGUUAAAGAUGACAUCAACCAUCCGAUGUCCCAUGUGAGCUCCACCAAGAGCAGGUUGGCCUUGCAGCAUGGAGAUGGACACGUGGUGGAUUACUUGAUGCAGCCUGUCAUUGACUAUGUACUGAAAAGUCAGCUUUAUAUCAACACAUCGGGGUGACCGUGAAUGUUCCUACUCUAGGUGUGGCCUCGGGCUCACCUUCGUCAUCACAGUACUAUGUGUUAUUACUCACUACUUACCACAGUCUCCUCACGGAUCAUGAUUCCUCUUUUACCCCACUCAUUACUGUCCUCCUCACCUCUAUGCCUUACUCAUUCACUUAUCUUAUGACUCCAAAGCCCAAGGUUGAGGUAACGCUCGCUGUACUUCUGAGGGGAGCGCUUGGGGCAGUGUUUUUUCUGGUGUGUUUAAGCAUUAGAACCAUUCGGUGUAUAUUACGGGGAGGGCUGCGUAUAAUAUAACCCAUUCAGUGCUAUGCCCAUCACUGAGCGGGCGUAUAUUUAUUCCCCUGUUGAUGGUGGGAGUUUUAGUAUGACUCAUUUGUUACUUUCUCCAAAUAAGUUGUUUUUCUCUUUUAGUGGUAGGAAGUGGGAAUAAGUCCAAUAUCCCUGUCCUCCUUCUGUCCAGAGGACUGUGGAUACGACGACAAGAGGGGGUUGUUGCUGCAUUCCCUCCAUAAGCAUUCUGCAUGCAACUAGUAUGUUCUUCUCGUGCUUAUAUGUCCAUGGUGUUAUCAUAAAUUUGAUGAACCCCCCAUCUAGAAGGACAGGGGCAUGCAGCUCAAUAAGAAGUACAGAAAUGAAUAGGGAACUGGUGGGGAACCUUGGGUGAAGGCCCUGAUUGGGAUGCUAUAAAGGGCAAUGCAUUUUUGACGCAGAAGGUGCUGAAGGUAUUUUGGUGGAAGAACGUCUAUAUGUAGCCUCAGUAUUCGCUCCAGCCAUGUCAAAUGGUGUCGUAGACCCUAUGUGUAGCCCCCGCUUUCCGAAUAUAUGUCUUUCAGCGAUUGCUUUAACAAAUCAGGGCUCAAGGUUUCAUGGAAGGUAAUGUAGCAGUUUUCAGGAUGGUGCUGUCCGGUGCAGUUUUGAACCAUAUACCAAUAAACCUUUCCAUCCAGCUUGUACAGGCCUCUUACAGACAGCAGGGCUCACGCGUGAGUUACUACCGUUUGAAUCUGAAGUGCUAACAUUUACAUGGAUCUAUCUUAAAUAGGAAUAUAAAGCGCUAGAGUCGCUAUUACUUAGCAGUAAAGACUGUAGAGUCGCAUAAAAUACAAAAAUACAAAAAAUAUGAAAUACUAAAAAAGCAUUACAUUUCAAAGGGCUAUUGUUGAGCAUGAGUACUGUAGACUGUAGAUACUGAAAAGAAAUGACCACUGAAAUCUGAAAUGUUUGACCCAUAACAUAAAACUUGACGAUAAAGGGGUUUUGCCACCAUUAAAUGUUAUUUUAAUAUAAUUAGGCAUGAAAAACGAGUUACUUUUGUAAUUUACUUUCUAGUUGUGAGAUAUACUCUUUACUUCAUCAUAAUGGAGCUCCCUGGUGGUUAAUCUGUAUAGUAAUGUGCACGUCCGCUUUCUGAGGUGGUUGCACAUGAUCAGUUCCAUCUUUCAACUGUAUUUACUGUUAGAAGCUGUGACAGUUACUUGAGCCGCAGCAAAAAAAGGACAUGAUCCCUGAGAAAGGACACAGCUCUUGAACUGAAAUACGGGGAGAGCUUCAGCAGAAAGGACACACCCUCUGAGCUGUGACAGGUAGAGAGCUGCAGCAGAAAGGACACACCCCUGAGCUGUAAUAGGUAGAGCGCUGCAGCAGAAAGGACACACCCUCUGACCUGUGAUAGGUAGGAAGCUGCAGCAGAAAGGACACGCCACCUGAAUAAGGACACGCGUUUAGCUGUAAUAGGAAAAGGACAGGCCCCUCGAGCUGUCAGCUUGAAGAGAAUGAAUAGGGAGAUCUCUGGAUCCAUGUGAGGUACAGGGCUGGUUCUAGCUUUGUUUGAUAGAGAUUGUCGUGUACUAUAUUAUGUUUGAUUUUCAUUUUUUGCAUCCAUUUUGAGAUAACCCCUCUUUCAUUAUAAUAAUUAACAAUAUGAUAGUCACUGCUGACUCCAGUCCCGACACCUUCGUGUGUCCACUGUCUACAUGAUCUCACAAAUGGAUUAACUUUCCGGGGACCCUCUGAAUGCACAAGCCUUUCCUGACAUAUUUCUUCAUAUUAGCCAGCAUGCAUUCAUAGUUACACCAUUUAUGGAGCCUGACCCCUAUAUACAUUCCAUGUAUACAUCAGUGUCCAUCCCUCCAUCAUAGGUCAGCUUGGCUUUCUUUACGGCAUGCAGUGGAUGAAUUUCCUACAAAUGAGUACUGUUGCUGAGGCCUCCAAAAAGAUAAAAUGUGAACUAUGGGGAUGACAGGGGGGUCCAGUGCCUGAUAAAAUCACUUGUGGUUACGAGCCCCAAGCACGUACUAACACCUCUUACUGGCCUGUUUUUUAGACCCUUUUACAAUAUGCCUACUCGCAGGCAUAUUUAGGAAAGUCGAAUAAUAGGAACAGCUGAAGUUAAUGUGGCCAAAGAGUCUAGAAUUAAAAUAAAAAUUAAUGUAUAUUGUGCAAAAAGAAAAGUAAAAAGGUGGGGGGUAAGACUCAUGUU